AUGGUUGAAAUUUGUGUCAUGCACACAGAGACUAGAGCAACGGAACAGAUGUACUCGGAUGUGGUUCAGUUGCAUGAAGGUGUUAAUCCCGAUUCCGAAAAUGGGAAAGUGUUCGAGUCAAAGAAAUGGGCCGAAAGGGUCCUAAGAGAUAAGUUGCGUGGGGGGGGGAUAGCGGAUGGGUAUAGUGGUGGUGGUGAUGGUGAUGGUACAGGCGCUAGAUCGUUGCUGUCUGGUAGUGGUGGUGUUGGACAGAGGGAGAAAGGCGUGCCGUUGCUGCUUUUGAACUAUUUCAUUGUCAACUCGUUCGAAAGAGCUGCUGUGAGGAUGGCUAAAGAGUUGAAGAUUUGCAACAGUAAUGCGGAUAUCGCUGAGUUUACUUGCUUGUUUAUGAUCAGGGAGAGGGCUGUCAUCAGGAGGAAGAUCAAAGAGGGGAAGAUUUUGGAGGCUAUGCAACUGAUUGACUCACAUUUUGGAGUCGAUAUCCUAGAAACACAGGGGGGCGGUGGUGAGGGUACCGUUGAGAGGGGGGACGGUAACGAUGGUGACUUGCAAUUCAAAUUACUCCUCUUGAACCUCAUAGAGAUGAUAAGGGAACGACAGACUUUGGAUUCGCAAAUACAGGACUCACAGGCAGACGCGGAGUUUAUACAGACACUGAUAACUUAUUCAAGGGAGAAACUCGCCCUUAGAGCGUCGCUGAAUAAAAGUUACAUGAACGAAUUGGAACUGACAAUGACUUUGCUCAUGUUCCCAAGGAAUACACCUGUGGAGAGUCUGCCAGAACCCUUGAGGAACCUGUUUUCAAUCUCGCUGCGGUCAAAGAUCGCAAACCUUAUCAACACUAAACUUCUGGAAGUCAUAGAGUUGCAAGUGUCAAACCAAUCGCAAUUCCCAAACCUUAUCAAGAUCAACGAAUCGUUGUCGACAAGGGUCCCGCACGCCUUCAGCCAGAACGUCUUGCUUCCGGGACCCACAGAUGAGACUAAGAAGGACACGACGGAGGAUGCUGCUCGCUCGGGAGGGGCAGACACGGCAACCACAACUACAGCAGAUCCUCAAUACUGGAGAGAAACUAAAAAACUGCUCUUCCCACAGGCAACGAACACAGAGGUAGAUACAAAACAUUUCAACAGCAAUGCAAGGCUCAUCCAGGUGAUGAAACUUUGGGUUUGGUGCGAAAACCAACUGGCAUUGAACAAUAUACACGUACCUACAAUCACCGAAUAA